UCUGAAGUUUCGGGGGCCGCGGACAGCCCGGCCCCGAUAAACAGCGAGGCCUUGGUGACGCCCGGAGAUGAACGCGGCGGCGGCCUGGGGCCCAGAACGCAGCGCCCGCCUCCAGUUCCCGCGGCCCCCUCUCCCCACUGCGUUCCCGAGCUCGCCCCGGAGGUGUGGGGUGCCGUUUAAGGAGAGGCCCCGCCGUCGGCUCUCACCCCGGCGGCUGUUACACACUCCGUGCUCGUUAGGACUCGAUGGUUGCGACCCGCGAAGAUUGGCCAAAGAAAAAAUGAUGUAUGAAAAAGAAGCAAAACAACAAGAAGAAAAGAUUGAAAAAAUGAAAGCUGAAGAUAGUGAAAAUUAUGCCCUUAAAAAGCAGGCAGAGAUCCUGCAAGAGUCCCGGAUGAUGAUCCCAGAUUGUCAGCGCAGGUUGGAAGCUGCAUAUACUGAUCUUCUGCAGAUAUUAGAAAAUGAAAAAGAAUUGGAAGAAGCUGAGGAAUAUAAAGAAGCACGUUUAGUACUGGAUUCAGUGAAGUUAGAGGUACUGAUGAGAAGCAGCAAAAAGCUUACCAUUCUGUGAAGGAUUAUUCCUGGGAAUUUCUGACACAUUCUGCUUACAUUUUUAUGGCCAAGAGGCACAUUAAAUUAAGAACA